CCUCUCAAUUCAUACUGGUUGAAUACAUUAAGAAGACUCUAAAACAAACACAAAAAUUGGAAACUGCAAAGGAACUGCCGCUGGGUAAAAUCAAGAUGGAUGAAUGUGAGAGUCUGGACUCUGAGAUGACAGAGCUGCAGGAGUGUGGGGCUUCAGAGACCUUCAGCCAAGACGAUGAAGAUGAGGUGGAGGAACUUCAAAACAGUCUGCGAGAGGUUGUCCAGGACCAGUCUGUGAAGCCCAAACUCCAGUGCCUAAUGGUGGAUCCAUCGUUCUCCAUGGUGACUGUUCAGAGUGAGGACAGUGGUAUUGUAUGGGAGACAGCCUCCAGCCGCUGUUCUACCCCCUGGGCCUCUGAGACCAGCUCCAUCUCUGAAGGCUACAGCAUGGAUGGCUCUGGAGCUGCAGGAAAGAUCACCAUCGUCUUUGACGAGGAGAAAAUAGUCCGCAGGAGGACGAGGUCCGGAGGAAGGAGCAGCAGGCUCGGGGACAGGCUGAGCCGACCCGGUAGUUCAAGAUCAGCAUCGGCUUUGGGAGUGGAGAGACUUGAGAUGGUAGAGGUUUCUCUUCCUAAUGUGAAACAGGAGCAAACCGGAACAGAACCUGACCUGGAAGAAUUAAAAAGCAAAGAUCAGCAGCUUUUUAGUUUGAUUUCAGAGGGUUAUGAAAUUCUCAACAUCAGAGUUCCAUCAAAACUUCCCACUGUGGAUGAAGAAGAGAGCACAGAGCUGCAAGACAAUUUGUCCUAUUUGGACCAGACUCCACAGAUCAGGUCCAGAAGCCACCAUGACUGGACACAAGCACAGAAUCAUGUUCUGCCAGAGGAAACUGAAGAUGCUGAUGAGAUCUCAAAGCAAGACUCUGCUCAGCCAUCAGGAGACUCAAAGCUUGAAGAAACUCCCACUCCAAAAGAAAGCGGUGACAUCGACUACUUUGAGAAGUUUACCCUGGUGGAUGAGGUGGUUCCUGGGGAACAAACUGCAGAGCUACAGGAUGAAGCAGCAGAGCCAGCAAAGCCUGAAGAAGAGCAAAAGGAUGUAAAGGAGGCAGGUGCAGAGCGUAGUCCCUCUGCCUCAGAAGACUCCUUUGUUUUUGUUAGUGAUGUGGAAAUUGUUGGGGAACACCUGGAUGAAGUGUUUUAUGGAGAAGGAGCUCCUGCCGAUGCGGAGCAGCAGAAAGAUGAGGCAGGAACAAGAAUCAGACGCCAGAGUUCAGUGAAGGAGAGUGGCUCAGCAUUGUUUGGGAGUGAAGAAACAGUCCUCACACCCAUCUUCAUCUCCCCUGGACCACCUAAGAUAAUCGACCCCAUUCUCCUGGAGGAACCUACUGCCAUGUCUUUUAUGUAUACUGACCUUUAUGAGGAUGCUGUAGGAGAGAGGAAAAGGAGUGAUGAGGAAUGCUCUGAGGCAGAGAGUGUGACAUCAGAGAAAUCAUUUAAGAGAUGUUUCACAGAUACAGAGGAGGCAGACGGAUAUCUGGAGAUGUUCAUUUUGAAGGAUGAAACUCCCUCCGUGGACGCCCAACCAGACUCAGUGGGCAAUGAAAGAGAAGGAAGAAUGAUGUGGUCACAGAGUAAGUUCGAAAUGACAGGAUGUUUGACGAGAGCCGUCCAAGAAGAGGAGGUGGAAAAGACCAAAAAGGAGGAAGUAAAGACACAGAAGGAGAUCAUUCUAGACACAAAUGAAGCUUUACAAUCUGUAGUAUUUGAAGACAAAGAUAAACAUGUUACAGAAAUAGAUGGAGAAACGAAAACACACCUCUCCACUGUGACUGAAACUGUGGACAUAACCUCAGAGGAAUCAGCUCAGGGGUCUAAAGUGAUGGAGAUGAAGAGUGAUGAGGGGGUGAAACCUGACUUUAGUAAAGGUCAGACCGAAGCUCCUGAAAGCAUUACUGAUGAGCAAAUACCUGAGGUUCAACAAGUGGAUGAUAAAGAAGAAAAAAUAGAGGAUUGUGAAGAGCACCAGAGGAUACAACUCUCCACAGAGACUGAAAUAACUUCAGAGGAAUCAGCUCAGGAGUCUAAACUGACAGAGAAGAGUGAUAAGGAGGUGAAACAUGACAUUAAAAAAGAUCAGACGGAAGCUCCUGAAACCAUUACUGAUGAGCCGAUACCUGAGGUUCAACAGGUGGAUGAUAAAGAAGAAAAAAUAGAGGAUUGUGAGGAGCAUCAGAGGGAAGAGCCAGAAGAAACACCCUGUGAGCAAAGCAAAACAGAAACUGAGGAACCGUCUCAAAAAGUAGUAGAAAUCACUGAUGAAGAGUUUGUAAAAGCAGCUGAUGAAACAACAGAUAAGGCACCUGUUAGCAGUGAGGUUCCACAGGUGGACACUGAAUCUGAAAUUCUAACAGAAACCACUGAAAAGAGCUCAUCUGCAGAGGUAGACACUGACAUUAAGACGGUGGCUCCUGGUGAUAAAGUAAAUGAAGAGCGUAUCCCCGUAGUAGAGGCCUCAGAACCUCAGACUGAAAAACAGGAAAUCUUGACUGAACCCUCAGGUGUAACAGAGAUGACAGCACAAACAUCAUCAGAUGAGGAAAAACACGAAGUCAUUUCUGAAAGUGUUCCACCUGUUGAGGUUAGCACUGACUGUGAGUCUGCAGUGCAUGCAGUAGUGGAAGUAAUUGAGAAAACUGUGCCUGAAAAAGAAAUCCAGACCCAAGUUCGGAUCGAUCUUCAGGAGGUAACCAGUGUUGAGACUAAAGAUCUACAGCCAGAAACAGAGAAAGAACCUGAAAAUGAGACUGAAGCUGAGACCAAGUUGACAAACAAAACUAAGGCUGAUGAUCUGUUGUCAGAAGAAACAAAAGCAGAUUCAGGUGAGAAACAGCCUGAAAUCCUUGAGCCUGAGCAUCAUCAAGAAGAUCAGUCAGAAGAAGGCGAAGCCAAAGUUAAACCACCAACAGAGAUUCAGGAGAUGGUUAGUGUGGGUGAUGAACUGAUAGUCCUCGUUCCCAAAGGACAAGCUGUAGAAAUGGACAUAGAAAUCAAUCAGCGGUCUGAGAAGAUUCCAAAACCUGAUGAAGUAGCCGAUUCUGAGCCUGUAAGCCCAUGUGAACAUCUUAUAACACCUCAAGACAGCACAGCACAAUCAGGGCCUCUUCAAGAGACAAAGACAGAAACAGAGACAGAGUUGCAACCAGAAGGAAAAACUGUGGUUGCUGAAAAGGAAGAAGUACAACUCAGCAAUGACUUUGAUAUGAUGGAUUUACCUCCUGAAUCUGUGGUGGAGGCCGAUAUAGAGGAGCAAAAGAUGGAGCAACCAGCUGCAGAUGGUCCAGAGGAGACUGUUGAGGAGCUUGAAUAUGAGAUCAUAUCUAAACAGGAUACUGGAGAGAUGCCAGAACCUGAAACACAGAUAGAUGCAGAGGAAUCGCUGCCUGAAUCUGCUCAGGACAAAGAAAUGACAAUGGAGUUGGAGGCAGAAGUUGAGGUGGAGGAGAAAGUCUUAGAUGAGGCUCAAAAUGAGGAGCUCAUCAAGGUUGGAUAUGAAACCAUUGAUGCUGAACCUGUGGAAGAGCCCGACACAGAGGAGCAAAAGACGGAGAGGGAUUUAGAGGAGGAGGAGACAGUGUUUUCCCCUCUGAGGAGCUUUUCUCCACUGGAGGAUUUAUCUGGCCUAAACAGAGAAGACAUCCAGUCAGGAGCAGCAGAAGAAGUGAUAAGUAAACUGGAAGAUACCCAAGAAAAAGAUGUAAUCAAAGAGGAAGAAGAAGUAGAACAAAACAUAGAAGAAGAGGGUCUGGAGGUGACUGCUGAGGAGCUUGAAUAUGAGAUAAUAUCUAAACAAGACGCUAGAGAGAUGCCAGAACCAGAGGCACAAAGAGAAGCAGAGGAACCACGAUCUGAGUCUGUUCAGGAGGAACAAACAACAAGGGAGGCAGAGGAGAAAGUCUUGGAUGAGGAGUUUAUCGAGGCUGACUAUGAAACCAUCGAUGCUGAGGAGGAGACUCAGGCCCGAUUGGCUGCUGAGCUGCAGGGGAUGGACUGGUUCUGUGUCACCUGUGGAUGUCUGCUGUUAGAGGACGACUGUGGGUCUGAAGAGCAUCACAACCAUGAGAUUAAUGCUGUGGACAGCGUCUAUGAGGAUACCAUGGAGAAGCUGAGUAACAUGAUCUCAGAGCUGCAGGGGAGGUCUGAGAACAUCGAGGAUAUGGUGUCUGAGCUGGAGCUGGCCUACAACACUGUGGAGGACCAGUUCACAGAGACAGAGGCAGCAAUGCAGGCUCAGAAUGAGGAGAUGAUGGCUCUGGUAAUGGAGCAGUACAACAGUAUGUCAGUCAGUAUGGAGGAGGAGAAGAAGGCCAAGCUGGAGCAGCUCUAUGACCAAAUAGUCUCCUUCCAGGAGAGCAUCGACUCUGCCAAAGCGACGCUGGAGACCACAGCCAGAGAGGCUGAGACCGACGCACGGUCACCUGAAGACAUUCGAACAAGGCUGAAGGCGGCUCUGGACUCUGCCAUGUCGCUGGAGCUGGGUCCCCGGGGGCUGCUGGUGUUUGAGGACUACGCCAAGGGCAACACCGCCAGCUCACACUUAGCACAACGCAAGGGAAUCCCAGUGCCUCAGAAGCCGACACUUCAGCCCCAGGAGCCCAGCUCAGCCACCUGCACCAGUGUCACUGUUUACUGGAAGGUUAACCCUGAAGACGUCAUCGACUGCUUCCAGGUCUACUGUAUGGAAGACCCACAAGGAACUGUGUCUGAGGAGUACCGUGUGACAGUGAAGGAGAGUUACUGUGUUCUGGAGGAGCUCGAGCCUGACAAAACGUACAAGGUGUGGGUGAUGGCUGUCAACUACACUGGCUGCUCUCUGCCCAGUGAGAGGCUCAUCUUCAGAACAGCUCCAUCGGUGCCAGUGAUCGACACUGAGCGGUGUACUGUGCUAUGGGACUCAGCCACUCUGCGCUGGAGCUCUGCAGAACAGACUUCAGAACAAAGUUACACCUUGGAGUACUGUCGACAGUAUGAACUGGAAGGAGAGGGUCUCAGAUCUAUCUCAGGUAUCAAAACCCUGGAACAGAGAGUUCUCCUCCAGCCAAAUGAGAACUAUCUGUUCUACAUUAAAGCUGUGAAUGAAGCUGGAGCCAGUGAGCAGAGCGAAGCUGCACUCAUUUCCACAAAAGGAACGAGGUUUCAUCUGCUGAAAGCCUCGGCUCAUCCUGCUUUAGAGCUGUCAGUGGACCAGACCACCCUGCACUAUCACCAGGACACAUAUGAAAACACACCAACCACGGAUAAACCAUGUCCAUCCAUUCUGGGUGAGCUGUUGCCGGUCAAUGGACAGUAUUACUGGGAAACCAUUGUCUCAGGGAGCACAGCGUACAGACUCGGUGUGUCUUACAGCACAGCCAGAGACAGACCACUGGGUGAAAGCAGCCUGUCGUGGUGUCUGCAGUGUGUCCCUGCACCUUCAGGUUGUAGGUAUCAGCUGCUCCACGGUGAAGCUCAGUCCAGUUUGUUUGUGAUCGAGGUACCUGAACGGGUGGGGGUUCUCCUGGAUUACCAGCUCAGUCGUCUGUCUUUCUACAACGCCCAGAGCGGUCAGUUGUUAGGUACCUUCAACCAGCGCUUCACCCAGCCCUGUCAUCCGGCUCUGGCUCUGGAGAUGCCGGGCAGUUUGGAGGUCUGCAUGGUGCAGGAGAUGCCAGAGUUCACGAAGGACAGCUAGCUCCUCUUCAGCUGCCUUACAUAGUGAAGUGUUUACAGCUCAUAUUGGACUUUUGUUCAUUAGAAUCUGCUGUUUGUAUAAGAUGUAAAAUGACCACUGUUGAGUUCUUCAUUUAGAUCAGAGAGGACCCAAAAUCUACAAAAAGCAGAUGAUGUGAUCAGUUCCUGUUCUUCUAAAGAGGGCCUCAUUGAAGGGUUUGUGUUUUUAGUGAAACUUGAUCAGUGUAGUGUUCCGUUAAAAAGUCUUCAGUUUAACAUUAAUUCAGAAAUAGUCAGAAAAAAAGAGUCAGAAGUAAAAAAUAUCUUGUAAAUUUUAAAAACAGGGGAAUUGCAAUUGAAUGAUUUGUGUCAUUAUAACAGGAUUGAGAUUGACUGCCUUCAUUUUGUUUUUCUUGUUUUUUUGCAAAAGUGAGAUAUUGUGGAGUAUUUUAUAAUAAUUAAUACACUAAUGUGACAAACUUUGUACUAUUUUAUAAUCAUUCUGUGAUUUAUUGUUUCUGUAUUUAAUCCUCAAAUAUAAACUGUAUCAUUUGGCAAACGUCUUCUGUGAACCCAAACUUUACGCAAUUAAUUUAUAGUUUCACACACCACACUACAGCACUUUUUAAACUGUGUUUCAUAAUGUGAAUUUGUGUAAAUAACCCUUUGUAAACAGAUUUAUUCCGUUCUAUAUUUUGUUAUGGAUGUGAACUACAGUAAAUGCAGAUGAACUGUUUUCUUUUCCUGUCGUGUGAACUGAGUUUCAUGUUUUUGCUGA